UUCGCGUAUUUAUCAAAGUCGUUAUCAUUUGAAUUUACGAAAUUCCUGAACGUAAACAAAACUAGUAGGUAAUAGGUAUAAGUACGGCAUGAUUUAGCCAUUGACUCGUUUCAUUUAAAUUUUAAGAAAUGUUGCCUUACAAGAUUAACCAGUUGUCUGACAGCAUUGAUGGUUAUGAAAAGCUGGAACUUUUGGGUAAAGGUGGCUUUGCUUGUGUAUAUAGAGCACAAUGUCGUCAAACUGGGCGUCAAGUUGCCAUCAAAGAAAUCGAUGUAUGGAUGAUGAAAAAACAGAAUAUGAUUGACCGUGUUCGACAAGAAGUUAAAAUACAUAGUCAGCUUAAGCAUCCGUCAAUAUUGGAGUUGUAUACAUUCUUUGAAGAUUGCCAACAUGUUUAUUUGGUGUUAGAACUUUGUUAUAAUGGUGAAUUACUUCAGUAUUUAAAGCGAAACGGUAAUAAAUUAUCAGAAAUAGAAGCUAGAUAUUUAAUAAGGCAAGUUGUUGAAGGUCUUCUGUACUUGCACAGACAUAAUAUUGUACAUAGGGAUAUGACGUUAACUAAUUUGUUAUUGACAAAAGACAUGCGAAUUAAAAUUGCUGAUUUUGGUCUUGCCACCCAGUUAAAUUCCAGGGAUGAAAAACAUAUGACAAUGUGUGGUACUCCGAAUUAUAUAUCGCCAGAAGUUGCUACUCGAAGUUCUCACGGCUUGGAAACAGAUUUAUGGGGAUUAGGAUGUUUACUAUACACGCUGUUGGUGGGUUAUCCUCCGUUUGACACUGAUGCUAUAAAAAGUACAUUGACAAAAGUUGUCAUGAGUGAUUUUACAUUACCACAUUAUUUAUCUAACAACGCUAAAGAUUUAAUCAAUAGCCUAUUGAGGAAAAAUCCAAGAGACCGUAUUGAUUUACAAGGUGUGUUAAAUCAUGACUUUAUGAAAGAGAAAAUUCUCAACGAUGGAACGUCUAUAUGGGUGCAUCAAUCACAUUUUACUGAAGAUAGCGGUUUUAACACACUCUCAUUCAAUAAAGACCGACUGUGUAAUACAUCCAACGGCUUAAGAUCAAAGAUCAAUCCAAAUUAUAACCAAAAUUAUCAAACAAAUUGUGGUAAUUCAAACUUAAAUAUGGUACCAACGUGUCAUAAUUUCCAUGUAAAUUCGGAUGUAAAUAGGCAUGAAUGUUGUCAGACAUCAAGUGUAAUGCAUAGUUUUCACAACCACAGUAAAAAUAACCAACCUAACCGGUACCCCAUUGUGUCGUCACAACAUUCUGAAAGAAAACAGUUUUCUGUGUUUGAUGAUCAAUUUUUGCAAUCAUUUAAAACACUUCCUGAAAUGAGCUCUACUAAUAAAAUGGCUAGUUGUUUGACGACAGCACGCUUACAGAAACACAGACAUAAAACUAAAAAUAAAGUAUUAAGUAUUUUGGACAAUGGUGAAAUUUGUGUAGAGUUCAUUAAAAUCAAAUCGAAAUCGAAAGAGGAACGAGUUGUAGAAGUUAUUCGUAUAUCGUCUGAUGGCCAACACAUGGUUAUUUACAAACCAAAUCGAGAUAGAGGUGUUACACUUCAAGACACACCACCUCCUAUACCUGAAAAAGGAGCCGAUGAGGUGUACAGUUACGAAUCGCUUCCUCAACAUCACUGGAAAAAAUAUGCCUACGCAGCUCAGUUUGUUAAUCUAAUUGCUUCGAAAACUGCAAAAGUUGUAUUAUAUAGUGAUAAAGCAAAAUGCUUACUAAUGGAAGAUGGUAAAUCAUUUGAAGCUCACUUUUACAAUGGAACUUUAGUAUCAAGUAUUGGAAACGGUGCCAUCAAGUUAGUAAUCAACGGACAGUCAAAAUCGUUUAUUAGGCCUGAAUGUUUAGAUGAAACUGGAAAGAUGAUUUACAUUCAAUUCAAACAAUAUUAUGAACACUGUUGUUUAGUUGAGAAAACAUUAGCAGCCCUUGAUACAAACUCUAAUGGUAUAGCAGUUUUUCCAGUUACAUUAGGAAGAAGACCUAACAUAAAGGAAAAAUCAUCCGAUAAUAUAUCUACAAAUUGUAAGGUAAAAAAUUCAUUUUUAGUCAAAUCUGGUGAAGUAUGCAUUACUUACGGUGACGGAUCACAAGUCACGCUUGAUACGACUACAGGCAAAGUGAAAUGUGAAACAGUUCAGGGUGUUAUAAUGGUAUAUGACCAGAAAGACAGACAUCUUUUGCCGGAAUGGGCAAAAAGCUGUCUAAAAGAAAUUCCACAUCUACUAAAACCUAAUGAAAGACCAACAGAAAAUUGGAAGUGGCCAAAUAGAUGAUAAUGACUUAUUAUAACUUCAUGUAAAUAACUAUUUAUAAUUUUAUACUAAAAAAAAUGUCAUAUUUUAUUUAAUGGACAAGUUAUUUAAUAGUCAGCUUUCUUCCAUAUUCUCAUUUAGGUAAUUGAUUACCU